AUGGCUAUCCCUGAAAGGUUCAUGACCAAUGACAAGGGCACCUUUGGUGAAUACACAGCCAGUUCCCGUUGGCCCAUUAUUCUACAAAAUGCUAUAGACGAUUUGACUACGCAACAAGAAUUGGAAAAGAGUAACACCACCAAGUUUCAACAAGCUGAGUCUAUCAAAACUGGGUUGAGGCAGUUCCGCCAAGAUGUCAUUGACCGUGUUCGUUUGAGACCGUUCACUGAAGAAGAGAUCAAGUUGGCAAACGUCCCGCUUUCGUUCAACGAAUACUUAAAAGAACACUCCGAAGCCAAUUGGGGUGACGUCGAAUGGUUAUUCUCCGAAGUUUACUUGUACAGAAGAGUUAAUGUUCUUUUCCAACGUGAAUCUGAAUGGGCUGAGUUUGAUAUUUUUAACAGACUGAAGCAAUCUACUUUUGAAUCUUCAUUCCAUGGCGUUGUGGAGUUGGCUUUAAGGUACCAAAAUCUGUUGCCCCAAUUGAAAAACAUUGGGCAGAACUCGGAAGACAACGACGAGGAUUUAUUGAAAGUCCUUUUCAAAGAAUUUAUAGAAAUUUCUUUAUGGGGAAAUGCCACUGAUUUAUCUUUGUUGACCAAUGCCACUUUAGAGGAGAUUAAAUCUAUCCAAGGGGCCAAAGCAAGAGCAGAAUCUGAGUCUAAAAUUGUUGUGAAUGACACCGACAAGGCAUGGGGCGUAUUAACUAACGCCAAGGCCAAUGCUAAUGGCAAACCAAUUCGUGUUGAUUUUGUUCUAGACAAUUCUGGUUUUGAACUAUACGCUGAUUUAAUGCUAGCAGCUUUCCUGUUAGAAAGUGGACUAGCCACCAAAUGUAUCUUCCAUGCCAAGGAUAUCCCAUAUAUGGUUAGCGACGUUAUGUUAAAGGAUUUCGACAUCUUAGUCCAAGACCUGAGAGACCGUGAAUUUUUCCCAAGUGGCCAACCGUCAACAAAGGAAUCCAAGGCCCUUGAUUUCUUUGCCAAGGAAAUGGGCAAGUUCAUUUCGAGUGGCGAGCUAGAAUUUCGUGAAGAUUCUUUCUGGACCACGGAACUAGACUAUUGGAAUUUGGAUACAAAAGAAACCAAGUACCAUGGUUCUGUUUUACAUAAAGAUUUACUAAAUUCUAACCUGGUUAUCUUCAAAGGUGACCUAAACUAUAGAAAAUUGACAGGAGAUAGAAAAUGGCCCCGUACCACUAAAUGGGAGACCGCAAUCGGUCCCCUUGCUACCAACGGUAUCACGUCUUUGAGUUUAAGAACCUGUAAAGCCGACGUACAGGUCGGUUUGCCUGAAGGUCUCGAUGCUAAAUUGAGUCAAGAAUGGGAAAAGGAAAAUCCAGGUCGUGGUUCUUGGUGGUGUUGUAGCGGUAAAUGGGCAGUUAUUUGUUUCUGUUCUGGUAAGUCAGACGGAAACUAA